UCGGGGCCGCCGGGGCGGGCGGCGUCGGAGCGGCGGAGCUCCAGCCCCUUCCUUCCCUUCCAUCCCACCCUCGGCUGCGGCGGCGGCACCGAUGAGCGGGCUCCGAGCGCGCGGCGGGCGGGCGGCGGCCACCUCUGGCCCCGCCGCCCCGCUGACCUGUCUGUUAAUGCUGGGGCUGCUCCUGCCCGGCGCCGCCGCGGGAUGCGAGCUGGAGGCUGCGGACAUCGGCCGGCGCGGGGGACGGGGGGGCGCCGCAGCCGCCGCCUCUGCGGCUGAGCCGGCAGAUCCUUGCAGUUCACUCAGCCCACCAUGCUUUACGGAGGAGGACCGAUACAGCCUAGAAGCUCUCCGCAUGAUCCAUAAGCAAAUGGAUGAUGAUAAAGACGGUGGUAUUGAAGUAGAUGAAAGUGAUGAGUUCCUAAGGGAAGAUAUGCAAUACAAGGAUGCCUCUAAUAAACAUAGUCACCUGCACAGAGAAGACAAACAUAUCACCAUUGAGGAUUUGUGGAAACGCUGGAAAACAUCUGAAGUUCAUAACUGGACUCAAGAGGAUACUCUUCAGUGGCUGUCAGAAUUUGUUGAACUACCCCAAUAUGAAAAGAAUUUUAGAGACAGCAAUGUCAAUGGAACAACACUUCCCAGGAUAGCAGUAAAUGAACAUGCUUUCAUGAUCUCUCACUUGAAAAUAAUUGACCGGAGUCAUAGACAGAAGCUUCAGCUUAAAGCCUUGGAUGUUGUUUUAUUUGGACCUCUCACACGUCCUCCUCACAACUGGAUGAAGGAUUUUAUAUUAACAGUUUCUAUAGUUAUUGGUUUUGGAGGUUGCUGGUUUGCAUACACACAAAACAGAACCUCAAGAGAACAUAUCACAAAAAUGAUGAAGGACUUAGAGAGUCUCCAAACAGCAGAGCAAAGUCUUCUUGACUUGCAGGAAAGGCUUGAGAAGGCACAAGAAGAGAACAGAAAUGUUGCUGUGGAAAAGCAAAAUCUGGAGCGCAAAAUGAUGGAUGAGAUCAAUGAUGCAAAACGGGAAGCUCAUCGCCUAAGGGAGUUGAGGGAGGGAGCUGAAUGUGAGCUCAGCAGGCUCAAAUAUGCAGAGGAAGAGUUAGUACAGGUUCGCAUGGCUUUAAAAAAGGCUGAGAAGGAGUUUGAGCUGAGAAGUAAUUGGUCUGUUCCUGAAGCUUUGCAGAAGUGGCUUCAGUUAACACAUGAAGUUGAAGUACAAUAUUACAAUAUCAAAAGACAGCACGCAGAAAUGCAAUUAGCAAUUGCCAAAGAUGAGGCAGAAAAGAUAAAAAAGAAGCGAAGCACUGUAUUUGGAACAUUACAUGUUGCACACAGCUCCUCCCUGGAUGAAGUGGACCAUAAAAUCCUUGAAGCAAAGAAAGCACUCUCUGAGCUGACGACGUGUUUGCGAGAGCGUCUUUAUCGAUGGCAACAGAUUGAGAAGAUUUGUGGUUUUCAAAUAGCACACAAUUCUGGGCUACCAAGCUUGACUUCCUCUCUCUACUCUGAUCACAGCUGGGUAGUUAUGCCUCGAGUUUCCAUUCCUCCUUACCCAAUUGCAGGGGGAGUUGAUGACCUAGAUGAAGAUACUCCUCCAAUAGUUUCACAGUUUCAUGGGUCCAUUGUAAAACCUUCCAGCACGCUGGCAAGAAGCAGUAGCUUGUGUCGGUCCAGACGCAGUGUUGUGCCAUCAUCUCCACAGUCUCAGCAUGCUUUGCACUCCCCUGACCCUGACAUCCUUUCUGUGUCGAGCUGCCCAGCUCUUUAUCGAACUGAAGAGGAGGAGGAAGCCAUUUACUUCUCUGCUGAUAAACAAUGGGAAGUACAGGAAACAGGUUCGGAAUGUGACUCCUUAAAUUCAUCAACUGGAAAGAAGCAGUCUCCUCCAGCAAGUCUUGAGAUAUAUCAGACACUUUCUCCUCAGAAAGUAUCCCCAGAAGAAUUCUCACUGGAGGAAUCAUCUACGGGAGACUCCUCUUCUCUAACUGCAGAUAUUUCUAGGGGGUCUCCUGACUGUGUAGGCAUGGCAGAAACUAAGAGCAUGAUCUUUAGUCCUGCGAGCAAAGUUUAUAAUGGAAUCCUGGAGAAGUCUUGCAGCAUGAACCAGCUUUCAACUGGGAUCCCAGUCCCAAAGCCUCGGCACACCUCAUGUUCUUCAGCCAGCAGUGAUAGUAAGCCCAGCCACGAAGCUGCUUCUGUCCCUAGGAUAAGUAGCAUCCCACAGGACCUGUACCAAAAUAGUGAAAAAAACAAAAAGCCAUCGAAAAUAAAAAGCCUCUUUAAGAAGAAGUGUAAGUGACGUGGGCAGAAGAUACCUAUAGUAAUGCUAUAACAACUCUGUUUUUUAAAUCUUUAGGAAUGUAAUUCCAUUUGAGCAUUCCAGACUGGAUGCCCUAAUGGAAUGCUCUUUGUAGGUCAACUAUAUUUAACUGUACUGUCAAAGGUUGUGCCAGCUGUCAAUGAGAAAUCAUUAAAAAGUUCAGACAGUUUACAUUCAUUUCUGUCUAUUUAUUUCUUUUUUUGUAGUUUGUCUUUUUUAGUGGUUUUUUAAUUUUUUUUUUUCUUUUUUUUCUUUUUAAUUCAUAAACCAUUUUUAAGCCACUUUGGACUUCUGAGCUUUAAUGGACUAGUAAGCCUUCCUGGGCUUGCAAAAGUUUCUUGUUUACCAGAGCAACUUCCUGUCUUUCCGUAGAGCUAGGACAUUUAUCUACUGGACUUCAAGAAAAAUUAAAGAAGUAGAACUAAUUGAAUUGCACUACUGUUUUACAGACUGGAAAAUUCUCCCUGCAAGUGAAACUGAAAGACUUGUAUAUGACUGAGAAGAUGAAUCUUUUCACUUUUAGAUCUUUUGGGGUUUUUAAGUAGAACAUAGGAUUUCUAACUGACUUGAUUUCUGGAAAUGGAAAUGCCAUGCUUUUAUUAUGGGAAGCUUUGUUAGAUGCAUUUAUUAUUAGAAUGGUUCAAGUCGUGCUGUAAAGAUCAUGUUUUUCCCAGGACUUUCACUGUGAUUCUACUUCACUGCAGGCUCUAUGGCAAAAAAAAAGUAAUUUAAAAGAGAAGAGGCUCUUGAUUCCUUAUGCAAAUGAUGGAUAUGAAACUUGAUGGAGAACUGAAAAUAUUCACUCUUCUAAAAUGAGGAGGGGAAUAGUAGCUUUUGUUUACAGACGGACAGACAAUGGACACUUGGUUUAUAAAAGUUUGUACUGUGGUAAAGACAAUAAAUUGGAAACAUUAUUGUGCUUGGGAAUGUUCCAAUUUUAGCUGAUACUUGUUUCAGACAUGUUUCAGAGGUCCUGUUAAUUGAAAGCUGUUGUAGGCUGCAUUGCUUAUGCUUACUGCUGUAUGUAAGUUAUUAUAUUUUCUGGAUUAGCUAUUAAUGUCUUAACGUCCUCCUUUUGUAAGAUUUCAUACGCUUUAUUUUUGUAUAGUUUGAAGAUUUAGCUGUUCAGACAUGUCUGAAGUAAAUGGUAUAAUUUUAUAAUGCAUACUGUUAUACUAACUCCUAAUUUUAGAUAUGAAGAUACAUAAAGGUGGGACUCCACAUGCUUCAGAUAAAAGCAAUUUUUGUGUUAAGCUUUUAUAGGGAGAGAUGAAAUUAGUGUAAGGUAACAAGGAAGCAGUCUUAGGGCGACAACAGCUAGUUGUUCAAAAACAUCUUUUUAUUUUUUUAAACAGUUCGAGACAUAAACGUACUGCUUGAGUAACAGUGCCUUUUAUUCAGUUUGUCUGAAAAUAUUAAUGCUGAGCAGGAAUUUCUUUUGAGGUACAUUCCAAAGAGAUACUUCUUGAUGUAGUGAACACAAGCGAUUUACCCAGUGAUGACUAAAUAGUUUCAGCUGUAUAGUAUUCCAGUUGCCUCAGUCACAGGUGCCACUGCCAGGGACCUGUGAUUUGGCACUUACCUCUUGCCAAUAUGUACAUGCUGUACUGUAAGAAAGAAUUAAUUCACUGACUGCCUGAUUUUUAUUUUUUUUUUCCUUGUAAGAAGCCUUCAAAACCUGUAGCUAAGUUGAAAUCAAGUGAUACAUAAGUUUUCUAUCAUUUUCUACUUAGGUUCCGCUGUACAUAAUCAAUGUGUUAGUUCCAUCCUCAACAAGGUGGGAGUAAUUUUAACAGAACCAUUUACUGUGGGCAUUGAAACAGUUAGAAUAGGAGAGUUAGAGAAUGGGAUGGAGACCUUACUUAUGCAAGUACCUUAAAAGUCCCGGUGCAUUCAUUAAUUCCUUAAGAGAAAAGAUGGAAUUCAGAGCUUUACUGUCUAACAGAGAGUAACUGUCAUUUAUACAGAAAAGCAUAGGAGGAAUCAAUUUUUUGGUAAAGGUUGGAGAGUAGAAAAAUUGGUGGGAUAGAAAAUGAAAACAUGAUAUUGUUCCAUUAUUCUCUGAAUCUUCAGAUUGAAGAGCUAUAGCUGCAAACAAGUCAUCACAAGGUAAAAAUGAUCUCUUUGGACAAAAAUUGUACACUCUGUACAUGUACAUGGUAGACAAAAAAAACCCAGCAAUGCAAAAAUACUUGUGCCAGAGAAUCACCUCAAUACUGAGCAUUCAGAGUUGUGGAUAAAAGCCUCAUUAAGUACUUGAACAUGUGCAAAGGGAAAAAAAUACAUAAGUAGGGAACUUAUUUUACCUCCCAAACACCAUGCAGGAGAGUACUACCAGAAAAAUAUUAAAUUUUGAUGUCUGCACGUGAGAAGGCUAUAGUGGUAAUGGAGUUUAAAGUAAGAUCUGGGGCCAGAUAAUAGACCUGCAGUGUGAGGUUUGAGGAACUUUGCCUCUGUCAUUACCAAAGAUGAAGGAGUGGCAUUUUGAUACUGGAGAGUAAAUAGUUACACAUGGAAAAAAAUAUCUGGUACUGAGGCCUUGGAGGACAGCACUUCUAAAUCCUGACGUUGAAGUCAGGCAAGCUCAAAUACUGAGAAGCCAAAACACACCAAUACAGUUUUUCACAGUAAGUAUAACUAAAAAUUGAAAUGGAGGAUAUGCUGGGCUCAUCUUUGGCUGUGAGUAUAAGUGUUGAGUACCUUUUUAAAAUACGCAAUUUAACUGUCUUCUGGGAAAAAUGUGUCAUGGCAUUGUACAAAUAAAUCAGAUGAGAUUAUCAUAGUGAAAUAUUUUAACUUCAAAAUGGCAAACUUUUGGAGAAAAGACUAUUCUCAACACUCAGUUUAUAAUCAACUGUCGUGUAACUUUAUAGUUUCUACUUAAUUACUGUAGAACUUAAAGCUUAAGUUAAUAUGAUCUGAAGUAGUAAGUAUUGUAUACUGGAGCACAAACUUAAAGUUCAUAGAGUUGGAGUUUUUUUAAUUAUUUUAAUAGACCUCUUGCUCAUCUUGCCAGCUAAAUUUAUCCACAAUCUAAAUGAUUUGCAUUGCUCCUACUAUGGUUACUGUAGAAAUGCUUAUCUUCAAACUGUUAGCAUCCUUUUGUUACAGUAGAGUCAGAGCACUGACUCCGAGUAGAUCCUGACUGGCAAGCGUCAAAUCCAGUCUUAAUGUUCAAGUCCCUGGCACAUGUCAACAUCUCAGAAGUGAGACUGUGCUUUAAAAGGUCCUCUGUUUGCUUAAUAUGUAACUUGAACUGACUGGCAGUCAGUGAGUCUAGCCAGCAUUCUGACCUCUAAGACUUCUGUAAGACAAGUAAAUCACUUGAAACAAUCAUCUAGUGUCAUCCUUAAAUGGCUGAGGACUUCCUGAGCUCUGAACUCAGAGUGGUUGUGAUUAGGUUUGUUUUUCUUUUUUAGUGUUUGUAGCUAAAAUCCAUGUUCUGAUUUAAAUUCUCUAGUCUCUUUCAGAAGAUGAGGAUCUUUGCUUUCUUAAAUAUUUUGUUAGAGUUCUUUGUCAGGACAGCAGCCUUUUUGUGGAAACUACCUAAAAGGCUUCUCCCUAAAGAGGUUACUGUUUAAGUCUUUCACUUGUAAAAGGAAGAAAUGUCAAGUGUGUUAUAUAUAAAGAGGAAAACCCCAUCAAUUCUUCCAAAACUUAACAAAUCUAAACUUUUCCACAAUUCUUACUAAAGUGAUGUGAUGCUUCUGUCCUAUUUGCCUAAAAAUUUUAGCAAAACCAUUUCUGACUGACAUGGGGAAGGCCUUUGACCAGCUUAUUAAAACAUUCUGAUCGGUGAUGGAAUUUUUUUUUUUUGGCAGUUCCAGGCACGUGUCAACUUUUCUUUCCCCACUUCACUGGCACCUAGGUAGCAGACUAUCCUCCACUUUCUGAUGGGGAGUUUGCUGAAAGAGGGAAAAUUCUCCAUCAUAGUGAAGGUAAUAACACUAUAGGAAGGAUGCAGUUCCUCGGUUAGAAGCCUUGAAGACGGUGAAGCCCAGGGGUAAUUGACUUUGAUUUUUGCAUGAUAUUUAUGGAUGCCAGCUUGAGUAAGGCAUUAACUUACAACUGAUUGAAAGCCUAAAAAAGAUGAAACUAAUUAGAAAUGGAAGCUUUCAAGAUUUUGCCCUUUUGCUUCCCAAUGUAUAGGAAGAUAGCAUGCACAGAAGACAGAUGAGCUCUACUUAGCCUUUUUCGUAUCACCGGCUUUUAGAACUUCAGGAUAGUUCCAUUCUAUUUCCAAGAUACAUUGCUGGAGAGGGCUUACUACCUUAGUUUUAUGAUGUGUGCAAAGAAGCAUUUCUUUUUCACUUACUUACAAGCUUGGGAGAAGAAGGUAAAUAAACAAUGCUUAACUUAAACAAUUUUUUGCCACAUAAAGAUUUACUGGUUCUUGGACCUCUUCACUAUUUGCUUAUCUCCUUGUACAAUAUGUUAAUUAGGGUGAACAUGGUUUUCUACUCUGUUCCAGUUGCACUGACUGAAGUGAUGCGUUUCUGUCUCGUGUUUGAAACAUGAACAAUGCUUAUUUUGAGUUGCUGUAGACAUUUUAAUCCUGGAUGUCGUGUCUUCAUUGACUAAUGGUUAAGCCUACUGAGGCUGUUUGAUUCCAAGUGCUGGUAAACUUUUCCAUUAGUGACUUAAACACAGAUGUUUGUAUAAACUAUAACCAAAAAAGGCCUUUGCCAGUAGAGUUUGACUUGCCUAAUAGCGUGUAAAUGUUUGGGUAACCAUUCUGUGAGGCUUCAGUAGCAGUUCAACAGUGUCAUACACAUUCUCAAUGAUAACUUUCCCUUCCAGCCCUGUAGAGUUGGUGCUGAUCUGAAAUGCCACUUAGUCCUCUCUUACAUAAAGAGAAUGCACAGGUUCAUAUGAAAUGUAACAAUAUUAACCUUUAAACUGUUAUUCCCAGUUGCUCUUGCAUCUGACAUUACUUAAGCAACAUGGCAGUACUUACCAGCUUGCUUCAGUCUUUCAGAAAUAAAAUGGAUUUGUGUUACCUUUUUUUCUCUACAAUUUUGAAUCUCAAGUUUACCGGAUUGUAUGUUCUAUGUAUUCAGUGCUUGAAAUGAAGGUGGGAAAUUUGGUCUCUCUUAGAUGUUAAGGAAGACACAUUUGACCAGAGUAAAAAGAAAUUCCUCUUGGUCAUUGCAGAGGAUGAAAAAGAAUCCAGAGGUAUUUCAUCUGCUUUAAGUCAGAAGAGUAAGGAAUGCUUACAUUUUACAUUGCUAGAGAUGAGAGUACAUUAAUUCUCAAAGCUUUCAGAUCAGUAACUCUUUACCUAAGAAAAAAAAAUACGCUUUCUUCUUUAGAUGUACUCUACGGGGCAUCAUCUUCAUAUUUCUAUCUCACUUUUGACCCAACAUAAAAUUUGGCAGUUACAGCACUAACUUACAUACCAGGGCUCAGAGCAGUUUCAGGUAAUGAUUUCAGUAGCAUGUCUUAAAGUAAAUUUUUAUUUAAUAUGUGGUAAAGAUAUCAGAAUUACGACUUUCUCUUUUACAUUCCUUUUACUUUAAUUCAACUCAGUUAUUUACGAUCCCUCUACUUUCAGGAAAAUAUUCAGCUACUGAUAGUUGGUCAUACUUAAAAAUACAGCAUUUUUUUCAGCUGAGAAUUACUAAUAAAGAAGUUUUAGAUAUUUGCUUUUUAAGGACUAGAUCAUGGUUGAGUCUUGUGAAAAAACUGCUAUACUACCUUGAAUUGGUACAGCAUUGACUGGUGCAAUUUGUGUAUUAGUGGUAAAGUUAUCCUUCUUGCUUUCUCCUUACUUUGUUUUUUUAUUUGUAUCUUAAUUUGAUGCUGCACAAUUAUUUUCAGACUUGAAUUAAUUUAAAAUUAAGAUCAGUGUGUCCAGGCCUACAAAAGUCAGUCUUUGUCAGUCCAUUCUUACAGAAAUGAAUUAAAAUCUUGACUGUUUAUACUAGCUUAUUAGUUUGUUAGGUGGUGGAAUAGGUUCCUGGAAGCCUUCAGGUGGAAGGCAGAGAAUUUCUGAAGUGAACCAAGUAACUUAUGUUCUUUAUCAGCUUUUAAAUCCAUCUCCCAAUAAGACCUAGUCUCCCCAUUGGAAUGUAUAUGUACUUACUGCUUGGAAAUUUGUAGUUAAUCAUAUUUGGCUAUCUAAUUCUAAGAACUUGCAUGUGCGCUACGCUUGCUUGCUUUUCAAUAGCUGGGAAAAUCUGUAAGAGAUCUUGGGGGUUUGUUAAAAAAAAAUUGCUGUUUGGAGAAAAAAAAAUGCUGGCAAGAGAAAUCUGUUAGGCUGUGAACUGACUAGAACCAACAAAGAUUCCAGCUCUUUAUCUAAAAGAACUGUUUAAAUAGUUCUUCAUGAAAUGAAUUGGGUAGCAUGUGUAUUUUCACAUUGCUGUCCUCUAAGAAGCAAAAAUAAUUAAAAUACCCUACAUUUCAGCAAGACUAUUUGGGAGAUGCCUUGCCGUGCUUUAAUUUUUAAUUUAGAUAACAUUGAGUUGUAGUGAGUGUUCAGCAUAUUAAUGCCUGACUUAAAAGAUUAGCAGAAUUUGAAUGAUUUGCAUUGUUUUGUUUAAUUACAGCUUUAUAAAACUGUAGAUAUUUGCAUAAAGCCCAUCAUUGCAUCUAGGUAUGUUUCAAUGAUAUAGCAAAAAGAGGACCAAGACAAGUAAAUAUGUGCACAAUCUAAAUCUUACUUAAGAUGCUUUAUUGUUCUGGGAAGAGAUUUUGUUCCCCAUGCCGAUUUCGCUCUUCCUCUCUUUGCUCUUAGCCUCUGUUUGUUUUUAUUAAUUGAACUAAAAUAAGAAAAAAAGCCUUCAAACUGACUAUUUUCUAUCUCUCUAAUAUAUACACACUGUACUUGCUUUUAACCUCCUCUACUGCAUGUUGUUAAUGCUGUACACAAAUGCAGUUGGAGUAUUUCUUUGGUGUUGUACAGCAUGAUGCAUUUCAUUCUCUUUUCUAGUUUACGUCCCAUUAGCUAUAUAUUGCUUUACAAUUGGAAGACUGAGUUUUUGGGAAUUGAGUCUGUUUGCAUAUAAAAAUCUUUUUUUUUUCUGUGAGUCUUAUGAGAAAUGUCUUGCUUGGAAAGUCUCGGACGGUAUUUUCUGUGUUUAUUCAUGUUACUUUGCUUUAUUUUAUAAGUGGAUAUUGAUUUCUGAUGUGUUGUUACACUUAAUGUUAAAUAAAUUUGACUUCCGUUUUGAAAAGUGAAACUGUGUUAGUGAAAAUGUUAUGUUUAUUCAUCUUAGGCUGUUUCCAGAGUAUAUAAAAUUUGCUUUUGCUUUUUGCUUUUUUAUUUUUUUUUUUUUAACUUGAGAUAAAUUUCUUUGUUCUGCUUUGGGUUCUGGCCAAUAUUUCUUUGCUUUGUGCUACUAUUAAAGAUUGAGAGCAAUAUUACAGGGAGAGGAAAGGUGGAGACAGUUCUCUUUGACAGGGUGCUACAGUUAGGGUUGCAUAUCCCAAAUCUUACUGCUUUUGCUUGAAAGAGCCUAUCUGAUUUUAAGUUGCUUCAUAUUCAUAUUUGGGAUUUUGUGUUCUUUAUCCCAAACAAGUUGAGAAGGCUUUCUGGAUGAUGGAAUGAUGCAUAGCCUUGUGAUUUUGAGUGUGAGGAUUAGUUUGAGAAUCUGUGCCUCUCUAACAACAACAACAAAAAAAGUCCUUGCUGUUGUUUAUUAUUCCUUCUUAUGUGUAGUCAUCAGCUGCCAGCAGUUGCAGAAGAAGCAGUAGCUAUGCACCAAGAAGAGCUUUUUUAAAAGUGAUUUCUCUUGUCGCUUCCACAUAGGUGAGACCUGGUUACAAGAUUGCAGUGAGAUAAAUGAGUGAGUGACAGGCACAGAAUCACAGAUGUGGCCAGUACAGAUGUGGGAUCAAUGUAAGUCAUAUUUAGAAAACUUAGAGUGUAAAAUAAAUUGAUUACUUUUUCUAGAAUAAAAAUAUGAUAUUGAUGAUCAAAUCUGUGUAUUUUUUCAGCUGUAGUUAGUUUAAUAUAUCCCUUUUCAGAAGCAGUAACUUGAUGUGAGUUGGUCACUGGUUUCACUUCAGUUUGUCUUUAGUGUUCUUGAUUAAAUGAUGUUGAUUGUUCAUCAAUGUAAAAAGCACUUAGGCUGGCAAAGCCUAAAUCAGCUCUGCAUCUUCAGAGAGCUAAAUAAAUUU